AUGGCAACAUCAAAUGAACAAACCAAUACCAAAUCAUCACAUUCUCAUACUCUUCUUCUUCUCCUUGCCAUCUUCUUAUCUUGCCUCCUCUUCAUUAGCCUUACAAUCCCUAUGAACCAUCAUCAAUCCACAUCUAUUGUUGCUCCCUUCAAGAGGGUUCUCCUGGAAUCCUCGGUUCCAGCUUCAUCGACAAUGGAUCUGCGUCCAAAGGCUCGAACACGACGCAGCCGCACUUCUAGGAGGAGAGAGUUUGGAAAUGAUGCUCAUGAAGUUCCUAGUGGCCCAAACCCUAUUUCCAACUAG